AAAAACAUAAACAAAUGGUUUAGGUUGUAGAAUUUCCUUUAAUGUCAGACAGCGUAGCUCGAAAAUUGUUUAGAAAAUAACUCCAUAAAGUGUAGUAAAAAUGUGGUUGGCUGGGAAUCUGUUCAAAGGAUCCGUAGCAAUCAGAUUCGGUCGCUUGCUGCAUCUCAAGCGCAAGGAGGUUUAUAUGGAAUGCUUCCGCAUCCUGGGCGUUCACGAAUCAGCUGAUCAGAAUACGGUACGCCACGCCUACUUGGAUCUGGUGAAACGGGUGCAUCCCGAUUCGGGAACGGAGGAGGCCAGUGCCGAACGCUUCCAGCAGGUGGACGAGGCUUUCCGUGUGCUGCAGGAAAAGUUCGCCAAGGGAAGGCGAAACAUUCAGGAGGACGAGGAGGGGGCCAUGGAGUUUGACAUCAAGCAUACGGCGCCGCAGCACCGGCAAUAUCUGUCCAACGAGGGCAUCGGAGUGGGAACUCCAUUUCAGCGGCAAAAGCAGUACCAGCAGGUGCGCGCCAUGAAGGCUCAGGAACGCGUCCUGGAGCACCGCAUCGACAAGGCGGCUGCCGGAGAGAAAACACUAAUGUCCAAGGGCGGCAGCCACUUUCGGAAACAUGCUAUUAAGACCAAGUACGGUAUUGAUCGUGUGGUCGAGGAUCUCAUUCAGGAGGCCAUGUCCAAGGGUGACUUUAACAAUCUAAACGGGUCUGGAAAGCCCCUGUCCUCGGCUCAGUCGCAGAAUCCCUAUCUGGACUUUACGACCCACAAGUUGAACAAGAUUAUGUUAGACAACGGCUUCACGCCGGAAUGGAUAAGCCUGGGCAAGGAUAUUCGCGAUGCGAUUGCUCAGCUGAAGACGAAACUGCGCCAGGAGCGCAAAUACUACGGCGAAUGGCCAUUGCAGCGCCCGGACGAUCUGGCAGCCUGGAAAAUAUUCACGCUGAAUCACCAGGACGAUGUGAAGCAAUUGAACAAACUCAUUGACAAGUACAAUCUAAUAGUGCCCAUUCUGGAAAAUCAGUUCUUUCGCCUGCAUCUCGACAGAAUGGCCGAACCUAUAUUUAAGGAUCCGGAAUUGCAACGUAACGUAAUCAGACCCGAAAUGAAAUCUAAGCCCAGCAGCAAUCUAGAGAAUCAGGGCAGCGCUAGUACAAGUUUAUUUUCCCUAAUUAGCAAACUAUUGUAAUUAAAAAUGUGUGAUUGUAAAAUAUGUGAUAUUAGAUGUAGAUUAAGGUGCUGUACGUUUAUGUGUACAAUAUAUGUACGAAAUAGUUCAAU